CUCCUCACAUUUCUCACAUGAAACGAUGUGUAACUGAUUUUAUACACGUAUAUUAAUGUGAACUAUGCACAUUCCGUACUUUACUGUUGCUCAUCGUUCAAGUUUGCACUCGUCAUCGCUCGCAUCCAUUCAAAAUUCUUCCGAAGUAGAUUAGAGUUUAGCUGCCCACGGCUUCUAGGUAUUUUUUCGAUAAGGCAAGAAGUGACAUGUCUUCUCCUGCUCGUGAAAUUCAUGUCAAAUUAACACACAAGACUCUUUUCGUAACAAAUACCGUCACAUCUUCACGUUGCACGCUUUUUUCAUUGAUAGUUACACGUGUUUCAUGUUAAAAGAAUAAAAGUCACAAAGUCCGAGAUCAAUUUUCCUCAAAAAAAUAACAGGAUAAUAUACUCUGAAACUUGAAAAUAGCGUCAAAUUGACACCGGGAAGGGGUGAGGGUUAAUUUUGUCAGAUCUAACACUUUCGAUCCAAUUGCUCACAAAAUAUCACUGCAUCUACACCUGGACAAUGUAUGUGAAAAUUCCUGUACUUUUGAAAACACACCGACCCACAACGAAAACGAUCGUCUAUCCGACGUGGAGCAUUGACUAGUUCGCACAAACGAGGUCCUACGGUAGGAAACCGAGCUGAUAGAGGUCGUCGUGAGUACUAUACCUCACUGUUGCAUUAUCAGGAUAGCCCGAAGGCUCGAGCAUCCUAGAGUGUCCGAUUAAUAGAGUGUCCAGGAGAGCCAGAGAGAAAGAGAGAGAGAGAGAAAGAGUACAUCACUUGUGCCUGUGCUUACACUAGUAGCUGCUUGUUACAAUUUCCGCUAUUGUGAAUGCUCUGCGAAGCUACUCGAUCAAUGCGGAUGAUACGGAGUCCGAGCUGGCCGCAAUACCCGAGAGCCCAAAAUCUGACAGCACCUUACAUGGCAGUAGUGGUGGAUCGCUCGGCGAGCUGGAGGACACCCCAUCUGCUGUCACCAGAAGCAUCUCCCUUUACGGUGCCAGGGCAUCGACGCCCCUCGACCUCGUCGGAAGGAUAGACUGGGCUCAUCAUCACACCAAAAAGAUGGAGAUAUCUAGGCCCACUUGGUUCUUGGGCAACGAGGAGGAUUCUCAUCAGCCACCAAGACCACAGAAGAAGUGGAGCGUCCACGAGGGAGUGAAGAUGAUGGUGACUAGUCCAUUUCUGAGUGGACAAGCGGAUUUUCAAAAGAUCGCCUCGAUCGCUAAAGCAUUGCCCGAAAAAAUCCCGGAAGGAUCAACGCCGGAGAAAGGGAUCUUGGAAAGGACGAUCACGGAGAAGCCAGCGUGGCAGAAGGCUAGCCAGGAGAGGAAUAUUACUGUGCAGGUGGCCUUCAAUGGGGAAACGGCGACCUCCAAACCCUUUUCGAUGGCCACGGCUUUUGCAACCUGUGCAUCAAUACCGCAGCUUCCAAAGUAAUAUCGAGUUUUAUUA